AUGGCGUCUAGCGGGGAGUGGAAGCCAAACAUCUUAGUGCAAAUUAAACGUCGCAACCAUGUUCAGGUUCAGCCUUUCCUUCGGUUGAUUCAAACAAAUAACAAGCUGCAGGAUUUGAGCAGCCAGCUACAGUCCAGGAAUGUCCAUCUGCAGGUGGAAGUGGACAUGUUGAGGGAGGAUGGGGGAGACCAGCACACAAGACAGGGCAGCAUGGGAAACAGUUCAACUGUGCAUGCCCUAGAACAGAAGCUGUACAGACUGCAGGAAGAGCUCACUGAAAUGCACAAGAAGAGAGGGGAGAAUGCUCAGGCAAUCAUCAAUCUUAAUGUAUUGUUGCAAGAGAAAGAGAGGGAAAUUCAUCGCAAAGAAUCUGUGUUAUCGGAAGCCAUGGCAAACAUCUCUGCCCUCCAGCAAGAGAAGAGAACCCUGCAGGCAAUAGUUACUGAGCUAGAGGAAGCAAAUCAGACAUUGAAAGAUGAACACCAGGCACUGCAGAUGGCUUUCACAGCUCAAGAAGAAAAAUAUAGAAAAGCACAAGAAGAUAACAGUGAACUUGUACAAAGAUGGAUGGAGCUGAAAGCAAGAGAAGCUGAUAGAUGGAAUGCUGAAAAUGCAGAUUUUAUAAGGUACAUGGGCAACAAUAAUUUUGUUUUGGGGUCUCAAACAUUGAACUCUCUGGAUUUUAUUGUCCCUGUUGUGUGUGCUGAAGUUUCUGUGCCUACCACAGCCCAGUUCAAGUUUGAUGCCCAUGAUGGAGAGGUGUAUUCCAUUCAGUGGAAUUAUUCUGGUGGAUUGUUUGCCACUGGAGGUGCCGACAGAAAAAUCAAGCUCUGGGAGAUCCAUGGAGGUCAGCGUGAGAAUAAAGGCACUUUAGUGGGAAGCAAUGCUGGCAUUACAUCAUUGGAUUUCAGUGCAGAUGACACAAAAAUAGUUGGCGCAUCCAAUGAUUUUGCCAGCAGGGUAUGGACAGUUUUAAAUCAGCGGUUGCAG